UCACAUGCAUGCAUUAGAAUAUUCCAAGAGAUAGAGAUGAAUCCGAUCUCAACAAACAUCAAACCGACUUGAAGAUAUAUACGAAAAGAAACCAAUCGCCUCAAGAAUAAAUAGCAGAUCGUAAAAUCCCCCCAACAAUAAACUCUGCAGCACCCAACCACAACGGCACACUGCAAAUUUUCCAUGGCCGUCGUCACCGCUACCAACGGCGCCACCGAAGCCAACCAUGCAGCGAACGGCGCCACCGCACCUAACCAUGCUGCGAACGGCGCCACCGGCAACGGCGCGCCAGAGUCAGGCCGCGACCACGUCGUCAUCUUCCCGUUCAUGGCGAAAGGCCACAUGCUCCCGCUGUUCCACUUCGCCACGGCCCUCUCGGUGCACCACAGGAACCUCCGCGUGACCCUCGUCACCACCCCGGGCAACGUGGCCUUCGCCCGCAGCCGCCUACCCGCGUCGGUGGACCUCGUCGUUUUCCCGUUCCCGUCGCUCCCACCGCUGCCAGUGGGCGUCGAGUCCACCGACGCCGUCCCGUGCCCGUCCCUGCACCUGACGUUCUUGAGCGCCACGGCGCUCCUGCGGGAGCCCUUCGCCGACUUCCUGGCGUCGCUCCCGUCCCCGCCGCUCGCGCUCGUCUCCGACUUCUUCCUCGGGUUCACGCACCGCGUCGCGAGCGACGCCGGCGUCCGCCGCAUCGUUUUCAACGGCAUGUCCUGCUUCUCCUCGGCGAUCUGCAAGGCGCUCAGCGCGAGCCCGCCGGCCGGCGUCGAGCCCGGCGCCCUGUUCCACGUGCCCGGUAUGCCGGAACACGUGGUGGUCACGGCUGAGGAGGUCCCGUACGGGGUGGCGAAGAGGGCCAACCCCGACAACCCGGUGACACGGUUCUUCGUGGACGAAAUCGGCGACUCGGACGUGCGCAGCUGGGGCGUCCUUGUCAACAGCUUCGCCGCGCUGGACAAGGACUACGUGCCUCCCUUGGAGUCGUUUUACCAGCCGGGAGCCCGCGCCUGGCUCGUGGGCCCGCUGUUCCUCGCCGCCGGUGACGGCGAGGAGGAGCGAGACCCCGAGGGAUGUCUCUCGUGGCUCGACGAGAGGGCGGCGCGGCCGGGGUCCGUGGUCUACGUUUCGUUCGGCACGCAGGCCCACGUCACGGACGCGCAGCUCGACGAGCUCGCGCGCGGACUGGUGCAGUCCGGCCACCCCUUCCUCUGGGCCGUCCGGUCUGACACAUGGUCACCGCCAGUGGACGUGGGGCCUAACGGCCUGAUCGUCCGUGGAUGGGUCCCGCAGAGAAGUGUUCUGGCCCACAAGUCAGUGGGAGGGUUCAUGAGCCACUGUGGGUGGAACUCCGUGAUGGAGAGCCUCGCCGCGGGGAAGCCUGUGCUAGCGUGGCCGAUGAUAGCUGAGCAACAUCUGAACGCAAGGCACGUCGCGAACAUCGUCGGCUCCGGCGUCAGGAUUGGCGGGGAGGCUACCACGGAUGUCGUCGGGAGGGCCGAGGUGGAGGAGAAGGUCCGGAAGCUAAUGGACGCUGAAAGCGAGGCUGGGCAGAGAAUGCGGGUAAGGGCUGCCUCGGCGCAGCAAGCAGCUAUGUCAGCCGUCAGCGUCGGAGGAACUUCAUCCGUGGCGUUGCAGAAGCUAGUGGAGGAGCUACAGAGGACCUACGAUGGUGUCGUAGGGAAAGGUACAAAAUGCACCUGAGAGAAUUAAAAAAAAUGGGGAGGAAGGGGCGCAAAUGCCAGCACUUGUCGUUGUCAUUUUUAGGGGCAAUGUUUAGAAAACGCUAGAAUUUAGUAGGACUUUUGCAUGGCUUUUACUAUAAACAGUUUUACUAUGGCAUGAGGGGUCUAUACUCUAUAUCAGUUUUAUGCUUCUUACUUUUUUUAGAA